CUUUUCUUCUCUCUGGCUCCCCUAGAUAAGACCAACAGUUCUGUCACCCUCUCCCCCUCUCUCUGCACACGCUUUGGAAGCCCCGGCCCACACUUUGGAAGCAUGUCGAUCCAGGAGGAUGAAAACACACAGCAGCUUUGGUCCUGGAUCUCUAGGUCCCAAAGGGACUUAGCGAAGUCCAUCCUGCUUGGGGCUCCAAGAGGGCCAGCGGCGUUCCUACGGCUGGCCAGCGUGGCCCAACUGACCCAGGAGCUGGGCACUGCCUUCUUCCAGAGGCAGCAGCUGUCAGCUGCGAUGGCAGACACCUUCCUGGAACACCUCUGCCUCCUGGACAUCGACUCAGAGCCUUUGGCUGCUCGCAGUACCAGCAUCAUUGCCACCAUUGGGCCGGCGUCUCGCUCUGUGGAGCGCCUCAAGGAGAUGAUAAAGGCCGGGAUGAACAUUGCGCGACUCAACUUCUCCCACGGCUCACACGAGUACCACGCUGAGUCCAUCGCCAACAUCCGGGAGGCGGUGGAGAGCUUUGCAUCUUCCCCGCUCAGCUACCGCCCGGUGGCCAUUGCUCUGGAUACCAAAGGACCAGAGAUUCGCACUGGGAUUCUACAGGGGGGCCCGGAAGCGGAAGUGGAGCUAGUCAAGGGCUCCCAGGUGCUGGUGACCGUGGACCCGGCGUUCCGGACGCGGGGGGACGCGAACACCGUGUGGGUGGACUACCCCAACAUCGUCAGGGUCGUGCCGGUGGGGGGCCACAUCUACAUUGACGACGGGCUCAUCUCCCUAAAGGUCGAGAAAAUCGGCCCGGAGGGGCUGGAGACCAAGGUGGAGAAUGGCGGCGUCCUGGGCAGCAGGAAGGGCGUGAACUUGCCGGGCGCCCAGGUGGACUUGCCCGGGCUGUCUGAGCAAGAUGCCCGGGACCUGCGCUUCGGGGUGGAGCAUGGCGUAGACAUCGUCUUUGCCUCAUUUGUGCGGAAAGCCAGCGACGUGGCUGCAGUGAGGGCUGCUCUCGGGCCCGAAGGACAGGCCAUCAAGAUCAUUAGCAAAAUCGAGAACCACGAAGGCGUGAAGAAGUUUGAUGAAAUCCUGGAGGUGAGCGACGGCAUCAUGGUGGCACGGGGUGACCUGGGCAUCGAGAUCCCAGCUGAGAAGGUUUUCCUGGCUCAGAAGAUGAUGAUUGGACGUUGCAACUUGGCGGGCAAACCAGUUGUCUGUGCCACACAGAUGCUGGAGAGCAUGAUUAGUAAGCCCCGGCCAACCCGGGCAGAGACGAGCGACGUGGCCAACGCUGUGCUGGAUGGUGCAGACUGCAUCAUGCUGUCGGGGGAAACUGCCAAAGGCAGCUUUCCUGUGGAGGCUGUAAUGAUGCAGCACGCGAUUGCCAGGGAGGCAGAGGCUGCAGUGUACCACCGGCAGCUGUUCGAGGAGCUGCGCCGGGCAGCACCACUGAGCCGUGAUCCCACUGAAGUCACUGCCAUUGGUGCUGUGGAAGCUUCCUUCAAGUGCUGUGCUGCUGCCAUCAUUGUGCUGACCACAACUGGCCGCUCUGCCCACCUUCUGUCUCGGUACCGACCUCGGGCAGCGGUCAUUGCUGUUACCCGCUCCGCCCAGGCUGCCCGACAGGCCCACCUAUGCCGAGGAGUCUUCCCCUUGCUCUACCGUGAACCUAAAGAGGCCAUCUGGGCAGAUGAUGUGGAUCGCCGGGUUCAAUUUGGCAUUGAAAGUGGAAAGCUCCGUGGCUUCCUCCGUAUUGGGGACCUGGUGAUCGUGGUGACAGGCUGGCGACCUGGUUCGGGCUAUACCAACAUCAUGCGGGUGCUAAGCAUAUCCUGAGAUGCCUGUUCCUUCUGACUCAGCCAGCUCUGGACCCCUUCCCUCCUCUUGUUUCCUCUAUUCCAUGACCCCCACGCCCUUCAUCUGUCUUCUCUACUCCCAGUCCUUCCUACCUGAGGCCACAUCUACCAUCUAGCCUCAUUCCAGGGUCCCUUCUCCCUUUCCAUUUCAUGCAGGCCCUGAAAGUCUGUCCAAUUAAGCACUGGCCAUCAGGCAGCACCAGUCAUACAAUGCCUGCACCCAGUGCUCUCAGCUGGACCCUAAGAUGCUCUGAGACUUUAAUCCUAGCUAAACCAGUUAAUUGUAUUUCCCCAGGCUUCCCACGCCCGGAGGUAGGGGAGAAGGGAACAGGACAGUCACAUCUGAUCUCCACAAAAUCAUCAUUUUAGAAAUAUUUCAUAUCCAUGCAGCCUGCUGUUCUCAUAUGUGGCCUUAUGGUAACCUGAUUAUCUUCUGAGAAGAGUGCUACCUCUUCAUUGUAACUAAUAGUACUAUCAAAGCACCACUCUUUGGGGGAGCUUGGGUAGAUGGAUGCUGGGGAGCACAUCUUAUCACUGUCUUCACAACCACUUCUGGGAUUGCAGACCACUCCCUGGCUGCUCUCAGGGCCAUCUCAUGCCUUGCAGGGUGAGUUGCCUUCUGCAUGCAGAAAUUCCUUCAGGCCCACUUUGUUCCCACACACAAACCAGGAGCCAAAAUGAGUGUCUCUAUUUUCUUUUUUAAACCCAGCUGUUUUGAAGCAAUUAUAACAUUUCUCCACAUACCCAGUACCCCAGAACUACUCACCCAAGGGUAAAGAUUUGGGGUUCUUGCCCCACAUUCUUUGAUGCUGUAGGCAUGGAGACACAUGGGUGGGGUAAGGGAUUUCUCUUGUCCCUGAGAAGGCAGAGGUGCUGGCGAGCCUGCCCUUCCCCAGCUCAGAUACCUUGAACCCUCCCCUUACUCUUGCACCAACAGCAAACUCAGUAGGGGGAAAAAACUAAAAAGAACAGUCCCCCCUCCUUCCACCUCAGGUGACCCUUCUGCCCCUUCUAGAUAGGGAGAGUGCUCCAGUAUUGCUGCCAAUGGAGUUGGCAUGGGUGGGGGAGGUGCUGCCACAUCCUGUCUUCCUACCAGGAGGGGAUGGGAGGGCUAGAUAAAGACAUGGGUGAAUAAAAUGAAUU